GUUUCUUUAAACAUGACUGAUAUCGACAUUGAAGAGAUUGAGGCCGCUGGGGAAGUCGAUUUGCGCGACCUAGGAGAGCCGUUUCUCCAGAGCUUCUGCAAGAAAGCUGCGACGUCCUUCUUCGACGAGUACGGCCUCGUCAGCCACCAGCUCAACUCCUACAACUUCUUCAUCGAGCACGGCCUUCAGAGCGUGUUUGAGUCCUCCGGUGAGAUGCUCGUUGAGCCGUCCUUUGACCCUACGAAGAACAAGGACCAUGAGUGGAGAUACGCCACGGUGAAGUUCGGAGAAGUCAGCGUGGAUAAGCCUACCUUGUACUCUGAUGAUAAGGAGCUUGUGUUUCUCCCGUGGCACGCUAGGCUUCAGAACAUGACUUACUCUGCGAGGAUGAAAGUUAAUGUCGAUGUUGAGGUGUUCGUUAAGAAAGUCGUUAAAAGAGACAAGUUCAAGACGGGACAAGACGAAUACGUUGAAAAGCAGAUCUUGUCUAAGAAGACGCAGGACAUCCCAAUUGGUAGGAUACCCGUGAUGGUGAAAUCCGUUCUUUGCAACACAACGGAGAAGGGAAAGAAUGGGGAAAGCUACAGAAAGGGGGAGUGUGCAUUUGACCAGGGUGGAUACUUUGUGAUUAAAGGAGCUGAGAAGGUCUUUAUUGCUCAAGAGCAGAUAUGCACAAAGAGACUUUGGAUUUCUAAUUCACCAUGGACCGUCUCCUACAGGUCCGAAACCAAAAGAAAUCGUUUCAUUGUGCGUCUAUCAGAGAAUCAGAAAGCUGAAGACUUUAAGAGAAAGGAGAAAGUACUGACAGUGUACUUCCUGUCAACUGAGAUCCCAGUCUGGGUCCUGUUCUUUGCGCUGGGGGUUGCGUCAGACAAAGAGGCUGUAGAUCUAAUUGCUUUCGAUGGUGGUGAUGCAAGUAUUACCAACAGCGUCGUAGCUUCGAUCCAGGAAGCUGAUUCGGUUUGCGAAGAUUUUCGCCAUGGGAGGAAUGCUCUGGCAUAUGUUGAACAGCAGAUAAAAGGCACAAAAUUCCCACCUGGUGAGAGUGUGGAUGAAUGCCUAAGUCUGUACCUGUUUCCAGGCCUCAAGAGUUUGACGCAGAAAGCACGAUUCUUGGGCUACAUGGUGAAAUGCCUUUUUAGCGCAUAUGCUGGGAAAAGAAAGUGUGAGAACAGAGACAACUUUAGGAACAAGAGGAUCGAACUAGCUGGAGAGCUGCUGGAAAGGGAACUAAGGGUGCAUUUGGCGCAUGCUAGAAGGACAAUGACCAAAGCCAUGCAGAGACACCUCACGGGCGAUGGUGAUCUGAAGCCUAUCGAGCACUACUUGGAUGCUUCCAUUAUAACAAAUGGACUUAGUAGAGCCUUCUCCACUGGAGCAUGGUGUCAUCCUUUCAGGAAGAUGGAAAGGGUUUCAGGUGUUGUCGCUAAUCUGGGUCGUGCAAAUCCACUCCAGAGUUUGAUUGAUCUGAGGAGAACGCGGCAACAGGUCCUGUAUACCGGCAGAGUUGGAGAUGCUAGAUAUCCGCAUCCCUCUCACUGGGGCAGAUUAUGCUUUUUGUCAACCCCAGAUGGCGAAAAUUGUGGUCUUGUGAAGAACCUGUCUCUCCUUGGACUUGUCAGCACUCAAAUUAUGGAGCCUGUGGUGGAAGAACUCUUCGAUAGUGGAAUGGAAGAGCUGAUGGACGAUACCAGUACACCACUGAGCGGGAAGCACAAGGUUCUCCUCAAUGGAGACUGGGUUGGAGUAUGUUCAGAUUCUGACUACUUUGUUGCGGACUUAAAAAGCAGGCGGCGUCAAAGUGAAUUACCUCGUCAGAUGGAAAUUAAGCUAGAUAAAGAUGACAAGGAGGUGAGGAUUUUUACUGACGCAGGCAGACUUCUCCGACCCCUCUUGGUUGUGGAAAAUCUCCACAAGUUGAAGCAAAGUAAACCAUCGAAGUACACCUUUCAGCAUCUUCUUGACCAAGGGAUUCUCGAGCUGAUCGGGAUUGAGGAAGAAGAAGACUGUACCACCGCAUGGGGAACCAAGCAGCUUCUAAAACAGCAGAAGAGUUACACUCAUUGCGAACUGGAUUUGUCCUUCCUGUUGGGUGUGAGCUGUGCGAUUGUGCCAUUUGCGAACCAUGAUCAUGGUAGAAGAGUUCUCUACCAGUCCCAGAAGCAUUGCCAGCAAGCCAUUGGGUUCUGCUCAACGAACCCUAACAUCCGCUGUGAUACGCUGUCCCAGCAGCUGUUCUAUCCCCAGCGGCCGCUUUUCAAGACAAUGGCGUCAGAAUGUCUUCAGAAGGAUGU